GCAUAUUGAUUUCAAAAAUAACAACUUUCGGGCUGUAAAUUAACACAACACAAGCUAGCUAUGAGUCAAAUGCAACUGCCAACGCAACGCGUUCUCCGAGGACGAGGACGUCACCAUCACCGUAAUCAGUCCGCAGAGCCGUGCGAGUGUUUACGUCCUGUGAUAAGAGUUUUUGGUCUGCUGACUUCAUUCGUCAUCUGCGGCGUCGGCGUUGAUGUCUACAUGCAUGGAUAUCAGGCCGGUCUUUAUAUAAUUUUUUCAGCCGUGCUGGUUAUGUUUGUUGAGAUCAAAUGGCUCUUAACUAUUUUUCUGCAACUUCAGUGCUCAGAGGAUAAUUACCAGCGGAGAUACUGCAGCUGCUUGGCCUGCUGGCGACUUUCAGCGAUUUGUGGCGGGUGGCGACCCACUCCUGUUUAUGCGGUCAUCGGCAUCUGCCUGAUACUAUAUCCCCACAAUCUGUGGCUUAGUUAUGUGGCCGGAAUGUUCCUGAUACUUCUUGGGGUCCUUAGGCUCUGCACAUUGCUCAGAUUCAGCCCGUCAAAGGAAGAGGGACUUCUGCCGCAGUGCGACUUUGAAAAGGUCUCCAGUUUUAUGGAUAAUAUGGAGGACGAUUUUGCGGAGGUUAGUGCCUCGCAAGCGGCCUUGGAUGACGAAGCGGAGGAGGAGGGCGACGACCCCCCUGUCAUAGAUGAUGAUGUUUGCUAAUAGUUUAAGAGAUAGCUUACUUGCCUGAUGUUAUGUGAGAUUUUAAAUUAUUUAACAAACAUUUACUUACAAAGAGG